CUUUGCCUUUAGCAUUUGCCUCGCAGCAGCUCAAGGCUAGGACGACAUGGUCGGCACAUUGCAGCACAUCACUUUCUACAAUGGCCAGAAGAUGCCCAUUGUAGGCCUGGGUACUUGGCAGGCCAAGGUGGGUGAAGUGGGUAAAGCCGUGGAUGCGGCCCUGGCAGCCGGCUACAGGCACAUCGACACCGCCUACUCCUACCGCAACGAGAAGGAGAUUGGAGACACCCUCAAGAAGUGGUUCGACUCUGGGAAGCUGAAGAGAGAAGACGUGUUCAUCGUCACCAAGCUGCCAUUGAUCGGUAUGCGGCAUUCUGGGGUGGAGAAGUACCUCAAGAAGUCCCUGACCAACCUCCAGGUGGACUACGUGGACCUGUACCUGGUGCAUAACCCCAUCGGCUUCCAGGACGUAGACGAUGGAGGCUACCCCAAGGACAAAGAUGGGCAGGUGCUGCUAGACAUGACCACAGACCACAUCAGUAUAUGGAAGGGGAUGGAGGCUCAGGUGGACGCUGGACGGGCGCGCUCCAUAGGGCUGUCCAACUUCAACGCGCGCCAGAUCAAGCGGGUGUGGCAAUCGGCGCGCAUCAAGUCGACCAACCUGCAGGUGGAGAUGCACGCCUACUUCCAGCAGCGCGAGCUCAGGGCCUUCUGCCGGGCGCUGGACAUCACCGUCUGUGCCUGGGGUCCACUGGGCACGCCUCAGAUCUACUCCUUCGUCGAGAAGCAGGGCGGCGAUGUCAGCAAACUGCCGAGGUAUGACCUGCUGGGAGAUCCAGUUGUGAAGCGCAUAGCGCAGAAGCACGGCAAGACCACUGUCCAGGUACUGAUCCGCUUCCUCAUGCAGUUGGAGGUCGCUGUCAUUCCCAAGAGCUCCAACCCCACUCGCGUUGAAGAGAACUUCGCGGUAUUUGAUUUCGAGCUCUCUCCAGAAGACAUGGAAACCCUGGAGGCGUUGGACAAGGGACGUAAAGGCAGAUUGGGAAGCGAACACUCACAACCUGGGAGCGGGAGGCAUCCUGAAUGGCCGUGGUUUGAACCCUACUAGCAGAGAAGAAGACUACCAUCAACAGCAGUCUAGCUGCGACUGAAACGUAC